UCUUUUACGAAUACGUGUCAUCGGUUGCGCUAACGGUAGCGGCCUCUGCAUCAAGGGAUAGAGAAGUCCUUCGCAAUGAUCGGCGUCUCGCACUUUGAUGCGUCUUUGUGCAUCGCGACGCUUAUUCUAAUGGAAUUGUCAACGACGACGUCUCUAGCGUCGCACUCGGUCCUGCCGGACGCACGCCCGGAUCUUUACCCAAUUCGACCUCGCCAGUUUCUUCUUAAGGAGGAUGUCGCCAUUGACGAAGAUGCCGCUCAAGUUGAGCCGCAAGAAGGAAUUCUUCUUCUCGCAGGGCAUAACCCGCCUGUAAACUCCGGAAUAACGGUAGAAGCUCGUGGAAAGCGGAAGAAGGCAAAGUUUGGGAAAUACGUGUUGCCUCUGGUGAUUGGUUUCCUGCUGAUCAAGUCCAUUCUGCUUCCGGUCGCUCUGAAGGCUUUAGCUGUAUUGAGCGGCAAGGCGGUCGUCCUCAGUCUCAUGAGCCUCAUCCUCGCAGCGAUCGUCGGCCUGAAGAAGGUCGCCCAGGACUCUUCUGGGCACAACUACGAGGUGGUGAACGUACCGCUUACCAAGUAUCGGCGCAACGACAUUCUAGAGACACGAAGCGAUCGAGAAGACGAGGCACACCCGUAUCAAUUUUAUAAGGAAGGCCGUCGAAAAAAAUAG